UGGAGUAUAAAAUUUGAGUCUUGCGUUUACAGUAUGUUGUCUUGACAAAAACACCGUAAAACGACUAAUCCUGAUCUUAAUCCCACUUUCAAAACAAGACACUGCGCCUUUAAGAUGGCUUGUAUUGCAACAAGUGAAGACUGAGCGUUCGCGCGCUGCUAGGAUGCCGUGAAGAGAUGUGCUCCGUUUGCGCGUGGCCAGCAUUUCCACUCAUCGUUGACAACGCGCCUUUCGCGCGUGCACUACUAGACUGCGAAGAGGAGUGAGCGAAACACUGAAUUUUCCCUUUCAUACUGACGGACAAAGGUGUAUUUAGGAGCCAGUCUUUAGAGAGUUUUUUCUUUUCUAAAAACAACAACAACAGCAGCAGCAACAAAUUAUCGAGUCAGUCACUGCAUUAAACAGACGGACAUCGCGAGGCACAGUGUAGUAGGCUAGGUGCAACGCUCGCUCGUUUUAUUUGUCGGAAACCCGAAGUCAUGUGCAAGCUUAUUGGUAAAAAGUUAAUUCACGCUUGCUAAAACACAAUAAUAGGGAGAAGUGAGCUGAAAUUGCCAUAGUGUUUAGCGCAUUACGCUCUUUAUAAAUUACGUUUACGCGUCGCACGUUCAAACGGGGAAUUAAAACAAUGUCGAGGAAAAAAGCGGCCAAAGGAAAAGGCAGUUCAAAUACACCGAACUCAUCUCCUAGCAGCGAGAAAGGAAAGAAAGUCCUGACCCAGUCCAACGGAGUGGUCUAUCCCAGCCGACCCUCUCUCAGCAACAGCGGGGAAUUCUACGACAUCGCCUUCAAGGUAAUGCUGGUUGGUGACUCUGGGGUUGGGAAAACCUGUCUGCUUGUUCGCUUUAAAGAUGGAGCAUUUCUGGCUGGAAGUUUCAUCUCAACAGUUGGUAUAGACUUCAGGAAUAAGGUGUUGAAUAUUGAUGGCGUGAGGGUUAAACUACAGAUUUGGGACACAGCUGGACAGGAGCGAUUCAGGAGCGUGACGCAUGCUUACUACCGUGACGCCCAUGCUCUUUUGCUGCUCUAUGAUGUGACAAAUAAAUCUUCUUUCGACAACAUGCAGGCCUGGCUCACAGAGAUACACGAGUUUGCUCAGCAGAAUGUAGUCAUCAUGCUCCUGGGUAACAAGGCUGAUGCCACACAUGAAAGGGUUGUGAAGAGAGAGGAGGGGGAGAAAUUGGCCAAGGAGUUUGGAGUUCCCUUCAUGGAAACCAGCGCUAAAUCUGGUCUGAAUGUGGAGUUGGCCUUCACUGCUGUCGCUAAGGAACUGAAGCACAGGGAGAUGAAGGAGCCUAACGAGCCAAAGUUUCAGCUGCACGAGUAUGUAAACAAGGAGAUGAAGGGAGCCAGUUGCUGUCGCUCCUAAACACGUGUGCACUUGUGUAUGCGUGUAUCUGUGUGUUUUUCCUCUUUCAUCCUCUUCUCUUGCAUAAAUUGGAUAUCUGUCAUAAACACUGGGGCUCUGGAGACAUUCAAAUGCUCUAUUCUUUCUUUAGACCUCCCUGCGCUUCACAGCUUGCAAAAAAUACUGAAAGGCACAAAGCAAACACAAUGUAAAGAGAAGCACUCGUCAGAAUGUAAUUGGCACACGCUUAAAUAUUUCAAUGAAUUACAGAAUACAUUUAAAUAAAAAGUCAAUAAAUUCAGAUGUGCGCUUUGAAAGAAUUAAUUGUUCCUCGCGCUCUUGAGUUGUUCUCCUGACCCACCUCUCCGAGCAGCUGUGAAUGUAUCUUCAAUACUCAUAACACAUUCUUCAAUUAGGGGAACUUUUCUCCUUUUUUUGUUUCAACUGAUAUAUUAUAGUGUUUGUCUGUUUGAUUACUCUGAGAUAAUUCUUAGAGAGUUGAAAAUUUAAAUAAGCAAAUCUUUUUCCAUUUACCCUGACGUUUUAUCUUCCCCUCAACAGUAAAAACAAAAAAAGUUAAAAUCAGGAAAUUCUACUUGCAUAUUUUCCCCUAAGAACUUACUAAACUCAUACUUUCAAUUAAUUUUGUAUUUAUGUGUUCAAAUUAUUAAAACAAAAGUUUAUAUUUAGGAAUCAUUAAAAUCCAAAUGGACAGUUUGAAAAACAGAAAUGUAAUUUAUUUUUAAAUCUUUGCACCAUGAUCAGAUCUAAGAGUAUAUAUAUAUUUUAUUCAAAGUUAUACAGUUAAAUGACUGCUGGAUGACCUGUUUUCUUUGCAAGUGAAAGGCUUAAUCCACUUUUUCUCCAAAAAGUAAAACAUUUAUACACAUUAUACCAAAACCCAUUUAAAGGCUGAUCAAGACAAUGAUUAUAUAUUUAUUCCAACAUAUUUGAUUCACAUUUUAAUGUAAAUGAAACAUUUGAAGUUUAAUAUGUCACAAUUUGAAGUAGUCAAAAGUGCCCCUAUUUGAAGAAUUACUCCCAAUUUAGGUCAGUCUCUCUCUCUCUCUCUCUCUCUCUCUCUCUCUCUCUCUCUCUCUCUCUCUCUCCCUCUCAUAUUGUUCAAGUUUAAGUCAUCUGUUAUUUGUUCAUCCCUUUUCAUAAUACGAUAAAGCAUUAUGAAAGAUGAAUGUAUGUACUAUAUAUAUUUAAAAAUAUAUUAAUAUGGCACUUAUGUUGCAUAACGUAUACUUGAUGUUUUGUUAAAUGCCUUUACAUUUAUUUAUGUCUUGUAUACUGAAUAUAUAGAAAGCUUUAACUAGAAAUUAGUUGCAUUCAGUAAUGUUUAAAAUGUUCCAGAAUUUAGCAAAUUGAUGUUGUCAAGAUACUAUGCGUACUGUGGAUUGUUUAAUAUAUGGUGUUGUUCAAAUGUUUUCAUUUGAAACGUUUUGCAUUACAGCACUAUGACUUUUGCACUUUUGUUCUUGUUGUUUUUCCAUUGUUGAUGUUCUUGAUUUUUAUGUUACCGGUAUUUAAUGCAGAUCUAAUGAAAGAUCUGUAUAUAGCCUAAAAUUAAUAUUUCGUUGAUCAGAAAAUUUGUACUGAUGUGCCAUUUUUAGCUGCAAUUUUGACAACAAAUCGUCUAAUGUACAUAAAUGAAUUCUGUUUAUUUUCCCUAUGAAUAAAUGAUAUGAUUUGUAUCAAUACAGAAAUUACAAGCAAUGAUAUACAGAGAUUUGCUCUAUUUUGGUAGAGGUCAAUUCAAAGUGUCAAACUAAGAGUAUGUUAACCUCAUUCGUGUUGUUUUUAUGUAAUGUGUAUUGUAUUCCAAACAAUAAAUUGGACA